GUGGAUACAUUGUUUUUCUGCAAAUUAAAUUUAAUUCUGCGCUGGAGUUGGUCGAAAAUUUGGUAUACAAGUUAAUCAUAAAGUAUGUGCUUUCGAAUAGGUUGAGUCGAAUUGAGUUAAUGAAAUUUGCGUACCCCGAGUGUAGCUUCGUUUAGGGCAAACUAUUGAAAGGAAGCCGGGUUUGUAAUAAACCACCGAUAAUGACCCAACCAAAGCUUUUGCAUCUAGGCCGCAGUCUAGAUGAUUUGGAAAAACACUAUCAGUUUCCGAAAUCAGUUACCAACAAAAAAGUUAUGCUGUUAUGUUCCAGUGCCAACACAUUGAAGCAACGCGCAGAUAUAUGCUAUUUAGAUCGAGAUGAAGAGCUGGCUUUUGUUUACUAUAUGAAGUACAUGAACCUGAUAAAAAUCAUCAAGGAAAACAAGGAAUAUAGAGAGAAAAAAUCUCUAAUUCAUUCAGCGUUGGGAACAAACAGCGAACUACUAUCCAUUUACGGCAAAUUGGAAAAACUUAAGGGCAGCUUAGAACGUCGGUACGCUGAGCUAAGGAAGCCGGAAAAAGAAAUUAAUGGGGUACGAAAUAUGCCGGGGAAUGCACCUCCAAUCACCUCACAUGUGAAACAUUCAAUCGAUGUCAAGGAAUUGUUUGACAUGAUAAACAGCAAUCAGCUCAGCGUGUUGAUUGUGGAUUGUCGCCCAGCGAAAGAUUUUGACAAUUCUCAUAUACGGUAUCAGUACAUUGUCAAUGUACCUGAACAUUUGCUGGUGGCCGGAAUGACCGCCGGGAAGAUUCACGACCAGUUGGAGCCCCCAUCGAAGACCAUGUGGACUUCUCGUAAAGUUAAGGAACACAUAGUGUUGAUGGAUUACAACAGCCAGAAUGUGCCAGCGAAGGAUACUCCGUUGUGGAUUCUGCAGGAUGUUUUGAAUAACUGGGAUCAGGAUGUUGCGUACAAGAAUGCUCUACUUAAGGUGGAAGGUGGAUACGAGGCGUUCCAACUAAGCUACCCAAUGUGUUGUACAAAUCCCAGUUAUUCACCGCCCGUUACAAUAAUGAACGAUUAUGCUCGACUUGAGGACAUCGAAUAUCCCAACAUCAGUGACAUACGGAUGAAGGAUGAUAGCUUUGGGUCCCAACCAAGUCGCCCGGUAGUGGACCGGAAUAGUAAAGCAGCAGCGCUGCAUGUUUAUGAGGCCAAAAGUAAACCGAUCACGGAAAUCUUAGACGAACAGGAGAAACUUAUCGAUAAGACGCUUCAAAAUGAGAUCGCGAUGCUUACGGCUGAGAAUGAGUUGGAACAAAUCCAGGACGAGGAAGAAAAGGCGAUGUCUGAUGCUGAGGAGAAAAAAAUGCUCCAACAACAGGCCACUGAAUUGGCCUAUAAACUUAUGCAGUUGGAAAACUCGAAGAAAGACUAUAUGACUGAAAACAAAAACCUGCGUGAGCAGAUUCACAAGUAUGAGGAGAUUGAAAAGGGUUUGACGGAACGGGGUGAACGUAUUUCAGCGCGGGAAGCUGCAAUACUGGCCGACGAGGCCCGCAUCAGAAGAAUGAAAGAAAAAGAGGAAGAACAGAAACGAAUCGAAAUCAAGCGCGAUCAUCAGGCUAAAGAACGUGAAUCUAAGCUAAAAAUUGCCAAGGAACACAAGCGCCACCUGGUGGAGAGUAAGGACGACACGGAAACCCCGCGGUCGAAAAUUCCUCAGUUUGAUCGCACAGCCAAGCCGACGAACGCAUAUCCAGAUUAUAAUCACAACGUUCAACGCGAUUUUGCUCCAGUUCAUGGGGUUGUGGGAUUUGGGUUAACUGGUCUCAAGAACUUGGGAAACACGUGCUACAUGAACAGCAUCCUUCAGUGCCUGAGCAACACAUUUUUCUUGAGAGACUUUUUCGUCGAUGGCAGCUUCAAACAGUAUCUCAAUAGGAACAACAAAACGCAGGGGAAAAUUGCAGAGGAAGUCGCCGCGGUAAUAAAAGCUCUGUGGACCGGCCAGUACAAGUGCAUUGCUAGUAAGAAUCUGAGGUAUGUGGUUGGGCAGUAUGAACGUCAGUUUGGAGGAAUUGAGCAACAAGAUUCUCAUGAAUUCCUAACCAUUUUGAUGGAUUGGCUUCAUUCUGAUCUGCAGACCGUAACAAUGAAGCUGGAGACAAGUCUUGAAAAUCGGCCGGCGUCCGAAAAAGCUUGGAUAGAAUAUUUGAAAGGCAAAGAGAGCUAUAUAGCAAGGCUAUUUUACGGUCAAAUAAAAAGUACAGUAAAAUGCGUAAGGUGUGGGAAGGAAAGCGCUACAUAUGAAUCUUUCUCCAAUCUCAGCCUUGAGUUACGCCCGGACUCCAAUCGAUGUGAUUUGAGCGAAUGUUUGGAUAUGUAUUUCAACGGCGAACACAUACGGGGUUGGAGUUGUCCCCAGUGCAGAAGCAAUCAGGAUGCCAUAAAAAAACUGGAUAUCUCCCGGCUGCCGUCGAUACUGGUUAUCCACUUCAAACGGUUUUAUGCCGAUCCGGACUCGAUGACAACUGUGUACAAGAAAAAGCAAAACUACGUAAAAUUCCCACUAUCAGAGUUGGAUAUGUCGACACAUAUCGCUCCAUCUGAGUUGAAUCGCAAUCAAAGGCUGAGAAGUCAUCGGUAUCAUCUGUACGGCGUUUCGAACCAUUAUGGUUCGAUGGAGAGUGGACACUACACAGCGUUUUGUCGCAAUUCAGAAUUUCAGAAAUGGUACAAAUUCGAUGAUCACACCGUUUCGAGCCUUGACACGUCGGAUGUAUGUUCCAGUGCAGCUUAUAUUCUAUUUUACUCGUUGAAACCGACGUCCGACAUGUAAAUACAAGAGAGAACACCGGCUUUUCAAACCAAUAAUUCCAAAUUCUCCGCAUAUUGACGCCUUUGUGUGAAUCUGUGUAUAUCAACCAAGGGAGGGUCAUCAUUGACAGUUGUACUGUGAUCGUGAAUCAAAUAGUUUUGAAAGAUAUAUCAGAAACGUUAGCAGACAGAGAAGUUAAGUUAUUUAGAUAUAUUUUACGAGACGAAUCGAACUGUUUGAGCUAUUCGACUUCAAAUUCUGUCCUCGAUUGAAAGGAAAGAUUAUUUUCGAUGACAAAUAGCGUUUUAUUUACUAAAUAUAUAAUAAACGUUUUCAAUCGAUUAAGUAUAGUCUGCGAUUUCA